AUGUCCGAUAUUCUCGAGCAUCAGGACAACGAGAAGCAGUCCGAUGGCGACACAGUCACCGGACACUUCAUCCAGAAGCAGUCUAUCCCAAAGCGGCUGGUCAAGGCAGUCGGGGCGAAUGCGAAGCAAGGCAAUCUCGGCCGAUAUCAUCUCAACGAAGCAAACGGGGAGACUCAGACAACUGAUUCGCACAGUGCUACCCUUUCGACCACGUACUCAGACUAG